AUGAAUCAAACAAACAACAAACGGUUGCUCACAGGUGUUGUUCCCAGCACGGACGAUCGGAGGAAGACCAAGGUGGCCAAGACCGAACUAGAAUGUGCGUCAUGCAAACUAUUGAAGCCCCCCUCCGAGUUCUCAAAGAAUCAAAAGACAAAAGGCAGCCUAGCACGAUGCAAGGAGUGUAUUACUAAAGUUACUGGUUUUACUGCGGAAAGCCAGAAUGCCCAAAAGAAGAACAAAUCUAACGGAGCGAAAGUUCAAAAGAAGGUGCCAGAGAACAAAGAGGUUGUUGCUGCAGAGAGCAGAGAGGUGGUUGCAGCAGAGAACAAAGAGGUGGUUGCAAAGCCGGCUCCUGCUCCUGCUCCUCGUAUUUUGAGCCCCGAAGAACUUCAAGAACUGCAGGAACGUCUCAAAACGGCCCCUUACUUUACCCGUAGUGUCUUGGAUGGCGUCUGUAAUCCAAAGGUGCAGAAGGAGGAGGAUAAUACUCCAAACCGAAACAAUGACACUGUUGACGAUGACAAUGAGGAUGAGGAUGACUGGGAGGAAGAAGAGGGUGACAUACACUCGGAUGACGAGGGAUGUACUCCACAAUCCUUCAUGGAGAGUCUACCACAGCAGCGAAAGAUGCCAACGUUUCAAUAUCCUCUGGAGACAGAUGAUGAUGAGAUUCGUUACGACAGUGACGACGAGGAAAUCGAACAGCCAGAUCGCCCCUCGUUAGAAUACGAGCUCAUUGCCUCCAAAGAGACAUUGGUGGGAACGCACGAUCUCAUUUUCUUCUUCACCCAAACUUCCUUGCAAGGCAGGGAUUUGAACCAAGCCAUUCUCGGCACAGUGGAAUUCACCAAGCAAGACGACAGCGUCCUUGGAAAAGUCAUGAUUGACAAGUCCAUCAAAUGGGAUUUAGAGUGGCACUGGCCAGAUUGGGAGCUUCGAAUGACUGGAGAUUCAACGUUUGAAAUCACCAACAUUGAUCAUCCCUUGCAAUGCCCACAUACUCAAAAUGAGGAGGACCUUGAGUUCAACGGUAAUGUGUACACGGUCAACACACCCAUUGUGCUGCCAUACGCCAAAUCAGAAUUUUGGGAACUCAAGUCACAUCAGCUUGCUUACAACAAUUCCGUUCCAAUAGACACCGAAGCGGCCCAAAAGGUCAUUGACGAGUACGAAAGUGGAAAGGCGUUGCGCUUGAAAUGGUUGUCCAAGAUUCCUGGCAUCAACUUGCCCGAAAAAGCGGAGCAGUUGAUCUCGCAAUUUGCGUCUAGCAAGCCUCCCCCGGCACUGAUUCUCCAAAAGGGCGACAUUGUACUCAAUUUCCCAUGGGACGAGGACAACUUUGGGGGGUAUGUGGAAUAUCUCGUGGCUCGACCUCGCUCACCGCCCUAA